GGGGAAGUACGUAAGAAAUUGUCUGACGCUGAAACUUUAAUAAAAGAUCUCUGAGGCCUUGCAGUGGCCUGAUUCACAAAGGGAGAUUUUCUUUGGCUGUGUUCAUCCUAUUCAACCAAGAACUGCCGAGGAAGUGGAGGAACAGGGUUUAGCCAUCUGGAUUUAAGAAGCUGAAACCCAUGUCUCUUCCCCGACAACUGCGAGAAAAGAGUGAUUUUGACCAGCUUCCAGAUGAUGUACCUGUUUCAGCUAACAUUGCAGAUAUUGAAGAGAAGAAAGACUUUUCUAAUUAUUACCUGUUUGUCAUUGAAGUAAAGGUUAAAGGUGGUGGCAGAUACCUGAUUUUCCGACGCUAUCGUCAGUUCUAUGCCCUACACACCAAACUAGAGGAGAAGUAUGGGGCAGAGAGCAAAAACAGCCCUUUUACCUGCAUACUCCCCAUACUGCCAGGAAAAAUUUAUGUUGGGGCCAAAAAGGAAAUUGCUGAGAACAGAAUUCCUAUCCUAAAUGCCUACAUGAAGAACCUACUCUGCCUACCCGUUUGGGUGUUGAUGGAUGAAGAGGUACGGCUGUUCUUCUACCACUCAACCUUUGAUAGUGAACAGGUGCCUCACAGACUGAGGCGGCUUCGCCCACGGACACGCCGAAUUAAAAGCAUUUCACCUGAAGUGCCAAUUUUUGACCGCAUGGCAGCUCCACGGGCUGAGGCACUGUUUGAUUUUUCUGGAACCAGUAAACUGGAACUCAGCUUCAAGAAGGGAGACUUGAUCUACCUACUCAGCAGAGUAAACAAAGACUGGUUGGAGGGAACAGCUGGUGCUGCUACUGGGAUUUUCCCCCAUGCUUUUGUGAAGAUCAUAAAAGAUCUACCACAGCAGGAAGACACAGUUAAUAAAGUUCGCUGUUACUACCAUGAUGAGACUGUGAGCACUAUCAGGGAUAUCUCAGUGGAAGAAGAUUUGAGCAGCAUUCCAUCAUUCAAAGAUCUCAUGGAAUUGAUGAGGCAGGAGUUUGACCGAGAUGACAUUGUUUUGAAUUACCGGGACCUUGAUGGUGAUCUGAUUCGGUUGCUCUCCGAUCAGGAUAUUGAGCUUAUGGUGUCUCAGAGCAGGAGCAGGCCCUCUGAGAAGCAUUUUUUCCCUUGGAAGUUGCACAUCACUCACAAAGACGACUUGGCUGUUUACAACACUAGUCCAGAAAUAAGUGCUACUCAAACAGUAAGAGCAACAUAAGUGCUGUAUAGAGAUGUUCCAGCAGGUAGCUGUACAGUCCUUCUGUAAUCCCUCUCUGCAGAGAGUUUCCUUUAACAAGCCUUUGAAGUGAUCUUGAAAAGAGCAAUUUUUAGUAACAUAUUACCUUUCAAUGUAAAAUCUGUACUUACUUAGCUUCUUCAGCUUUUUAGGACUCCUCUGUAAUAUAGACAUCUACAUAAAGACCAGAGAAAGUGAGGAACAGAGACAUAAAAUCACUGGCCAUGUUCACAAAGCGAGUGUUAGGCUGCAGAAGUUUAGUGUCUUGAGCCCCAAGAUAUGCUCUGGUCUUUAUUCUCACUCACAGAGCUGAUGAUUAAUCCAGAAUGUCUUCAUAAGCUUUUUUUCUAGCCUGCCAUAACUUUCUCUUCGCUUGCUGGUAUGAAGGUUUGUGUGCCAGUGCUUAUGAAUGUGUAAUUAUUUCUGUCAUGUGGGAGCCUGAGUGGGCAUUCAGAGAUAGUUCUGAAAGCAUCAAGAAAACUUUUUCGUAUUUCAGUGAAGAAAUUGCAGCCCACCUUUGCUUUCUUCUUUCCACUGACCAGUAUUUUGAAUUCUGUGACUCAAACCUAGUACACCUCAUAGUGUGUUCCUCAUAGACCUUUUUGUAAUUGUACAGACUACUUAUUUCUGCAUUCUGAGGAAAUCUGUGUGAUGCCUAUUCAAAUAACAAGUUAUUCUCUCCUAUCUUCUGCUUUCUGACACCUCACUGCAAAAUAGAACUAAGAAGAAAUUACUAUAUCAGAUUCUUCAACAAAUAAAGUUACCUAUGAGUUU